AGAUCGCAAAUCGAAAUUUCUUUCAAUGCCUCGUUGAUGUAAAAAUACUUACUAUUUCCGAACAAUAUCUUUCCCCAUUUGUACCUCUGUGUGUGUGAAACUGCGCGUGCUCAGAAUUUGAACCGGGCAUUUCAAUAUUUUCAAUCUGCUCCAACAUGGAUGAUGAAAAAAUGUUUGGUUUGUUCAUUUGGCCGGAUGAUUGUCCAAUCGCAGGGAACGUUUUUAAUCUAAGCACAAUUCAGCGCCCAAGAAAAAGUUAUGAGGAUUACAUGGAAGGGGAUAAAGUGGAUGUAAGAUAUCCUAAAUUCGGAAUAGUGCCGGGAAUAAUCGCAAAGAUUUCAGAUGAAGCUGGGAAGAAAGAGUUGGAAACAAUUCUAAAAUCAACAACUGGUUUCAAAAAGCUAGUGGAGAAAUACAUUGAAAUAACAACAUCAAAAUCUCCAGUGAAGUCUCCCAAGAAAUCUCCAGUGAAGUCUCCCAAGAAAUCUCCAGUUAAGACUCCAAAAAAAGCAGUGAAAAAAAACCCUGAGAAAUCAACAAAGAAGAAAAUUGAUGAUGGAAUCUUGAGCGCAAGCCCCUCCAAAAAACAAGAGAAAUCAACAAAGAAAAAAACUGAUGAUGGAGUCUCGAGCUCAAGCCCCUCCAAAAAACAAGGGAAAUCAUCAAAGAAGAAAAUUGAUGAUGAAGUCUCAGACGCAAGCCCCUCCAAAAAACAAAAGGAAGAUCUGAAGAGAAUCGCACAGGAGCUUACUUUUACAGAACUUCAUAGUGGGACAAUUACACCAAUAAAGCCUACACCUAUAAGACAAGAGAAGCAAUCAUCUGAAGUUGUUGGUGAAAGUUUAAGGCUGCUUGAUAACUACAACUGGUCACCACAACAGCCAAGUUUUAAUUCUGAAAAAUUGGACAGUCAUGGAGAAUGCAGAACAAAAAUACAAUAUUUAGAAAAUAUUGUGGCUACUGACCGCCAACAUAUUUUUGACCUUCAUACACGUUUAAACCAUUGUGAAACAAAUUUACAAUGGGUCUGGCAGGAGCUGAAUAAGAAUAAGAAUGCCUGUAGUACAACCGAACCUUCAAGUUCAACAGAUAGCAAAUGUGCCAUUCCCACCAGUAAAAGGGAUACAGUAACACCAAAGAAAGAAAACUGUACAGAAACAAGUAUCAAAAAAGAAAAUGACAGGGAUGACACUCAGGUGCAGCUAGAAGAGACCACAUCACCACAGGAAAUACUUGAGCCAAAAGAAGAACUGUUCAAUGGAUUUACUAAGGAACAGCUGUUUUUAAAAAUUAGUCGAGAGACGUGCUUCAGAAAGGGAACAACAGUCCUAUUCAGGGCAAUGUUUACAAAGGAGGAGUGUGUUGGAAGGUCUUUGAAAGGGCAGCCUUCCAACAAAGGGCUUUCAAGGCCUGGUCUAGAUGACCAGGAAAAACUAAUUGCUCUUAAAAGCAUCAUACAAAGGAAGUGGAAAAUCGACACUGCAUCGGUACACCAGGUCUUAAAUCACCUGCUAAAGCCAAGCAGACAACAAAAGCAAAAAUAGACAGAUAGAAAAGAUGAACUAACAACAUUUCGAAAUGUUUUACUUUUCAUUAAAACAUUGUUAAUUUUAUUUUUAAUUAGUUUUAUUAUUUUAUCUUUUUUGCUAGCAAUAUAUGGCAAUGGAACAUAAAAGGUGUAGCUUUAUUUUAAAAGUUAUCAGGUUAAAUCAAUCUGAUGAGAACUCCUGCAGAUAUUUACUUUCCGGGUGUCUUAUUUUGAAAAGAAUAUGUUAUUAAACUAUACAGAACUAUACAAGGUAAUAUUACAGGUCUCCAUGUCCAUUUGUGAGUGAAUACCAGGGAAAUGCCAUGGAUGCCACACUUUCCAUGGCAAUCUGUAAUUGUUGCCAUCAUUUUCAUGGCAACCUGCCAUAGAUGCCAUACUUUCAUAGAGGCCAUGUCAACCUGCCAUUGAUGCCAUACUUUCCAUGGAAAUCAGGGCAAUUUGCCAUCGAUUCCAUGCUUUCCAUCCUUUUUUGAUUUCAUGGCAACGAUGGCAACGAUGGAAAUACUGAGUAUACAAUCCCUGUCACUCUUUUUUUCGAUGCCAUGGAAUUCAUGAAAACCAUGAAAAAGCUCGUUUCAAUACUCCAUCGUUUUCAUGGCAACAAUUUUGC